AUGGAGCAGAGCAGUGAGGACGUUGUUGGGGGGCAGAGCCCCCCAAGACGGCUCCAGCACAGUCAUGGGGCAGCGCAAUGGUUAAGUGCGGGAGGCUGCACCGGGGGCGAGGAAGAGGAAAUCUCAGCAGGAACAAGGACAGGGAAAGGCCCAGGCAGGGGCCGGAGGUGCAGCCAGGACGUGUUGGGAGCCCCGAGCGGGGCCGUGGGCCGAGCCCUGGCCAGGGCAGCUGGGAUGGAGAAGCCUCCACAGCCUGCAGAGGGAGAAGAGGAAGAAGAGGACAGAAAGGAUGAGGAUGGUGAGAACACGGCGGAGGACAUUGAGGGCAUCCUGUGCUAUGAGGAGCACAUCACCGGGCUGCUGGCCACGGUGGCCCAGCUGCACCGCAGAGCAGAGCAGCUCCAGUGCUGCACCAGCAGGGAGGAUGAGGAGGGCUGGGAGGGCACCACCAGCCUCCCCACUGCCAGCCCACAGCAACACCGCCUCGACGGCACGCUCGGUAGUGCCACGGAUGCGGGAGCCCACAGCCCCGACCUCUUCGCGGACCUGCAGCACGUCGUGAGCUCGCUGGAACGCACCGUGUUCUCCCGGCACCGGCACCGGCACCAGCACGCACUGGUGUGGCCUGCGCCCAGCAAGGAGUGGGCACGAGCGGCCCAGAGCCUGGAGGAGCUGACCCGGAGCCCGGCCCGGCCCGGGGGGGGCAUGGGACCGGCGCUGGAGGAGGCGGCGGCGGAGGAGGCGGCGGUGGCGGCGGCGGCGUCGAGGAACGCGGCGCUGCGGGCGGCCCUGGGGCACCGAGAGGAGGAGCUGGGCAGGGCCACGGCCGCGCUGCGGGCGCUGCGGGCGGAGCGCGACCGGCUGCAGCUCAAGGUCCGGGACUUGCGGGAUGCUCUGUCCAGGCUGGAGGAGCCGGGAGGCUCCGGCGGUGACACCGCCGGGAUCGGCAGCCCCAUGGUGCACAGGGAACCCCAGGACUUGCCCCAGUGCAGUGAGGACGCUCAGCCCCACAGUCCCCUCUCCCCACAACCCUCGGAGGGUCCCAGCCAAGAGCAGGAGGAGCGAAUGCAGCAGCUACAGGGGUCCCUGGCGAGGCUGCAGGAGGUGAACCGGGAGCUGGCGGCAGCGCUGCAGGACUGCAAGAGCGACGCGGAGCGGCUCAGCAUGGUGCUUGGGCAGCACGAGUCCUGCAGCACCGCGCUGCGCCUGGCCCUGCGCUGCAGCGAGCGCUGCGGGGGGGCCUACGCUGCCCUCCUUGACCUGACUUGGGCAAAGGUGUGCCGGGAGCAGGAUGGGGCCCAGGGGGGAGCCAUGGGGCAGCAGAGCCAGGGGCAUGAAUCCAGCCUCACACCAGCAGAGGGGCCACAGCUCCAGGGUCGCGCUGAGCCAGAUGGGCAGGAGGAGAGCGGGGACAGCAGCUCCACGGCACCGCAGAGCCCCCCAGCACCGCAAGGGAUGGAGGAGGGGGCUCUGCGUGAGCACAUCCGCCGGCUGCGGGCAGAGCAGGAGGCUGUGGAGGCUUCUCUGCAGGACCCCCCGGCCCCCAGCAGCACCCACCGCAGCGAGGACACCCGGGCCCGUGCCGAGCGGGUGCUGCAGGAGGCCCGGGCACAGCUGCACGGCUGGAGGCGGCCGGAGAAAGCGGAGCUGCUGCAGGAGCUGGUGAUGCUCAAGGAGGCCAUGGCUGACCUGAAGAUGCAGUUGCAGCUGGUGGAGAGGGAGAAGCGAGGUCUGGAGGUGCUGGAAGCUGCGCAGGGCCCGCGGGAGGCUGCGUUGUGCCUGGUGCUCCAGCACCUGCAGUGGGAGAAGGAUGAGGGGUUCGGCCACCCCCCCAGCAGCAGCAGGGAGGAUGCCCAAAGCGGCCGGGUGGGAGCAGUAGCUCCCUGGCACCCUCCGGGUCCAGCAAGGAUGGGUGAAGAGCUGCUCCAUACCCUGAGCCGGACGGAGGAGCUGCGUGCCCGGGCACAGGCCCUGGUGCGUGCCCUGGAGGACAGCAGUGCCAUCAGCCGCGCACAGCAGGCACAGUGUGCCACCAUCACUGCAGACUUCUUCCAUGCUCACAGCGCUCUGGCCCUGGCAUACCGCGGCGCCCGACGGAAGCAGGCGGCUCAGCUGCGGCGGCUGGAGGGGCAGGCAGGGGCCCUGCGCAGGCAGCACUCCCGGCAGACGCAGGCGCUCACCCGCAGGCUGCAGAGCCUGGAGCAGGGCACGGCCGGCAGCGAGACCCGCAUCUAGAGCCCCCCGGAGCCCCCCGACCCCCGGUACCGGCAGGACCCCCUGUACCCCACGGAGAAUAAACCAGAGAUG